AAUAUAUGAUGAUGAGUCUUGCCAUAUAAAAUGUUGGUUGCUUACUAAUUCUUUCUCACCUCACCUCUUCAACCUAGGUAGAUGGCUGUGGCUGAUGCAUUUGAUGAGCAGUGUGAUUACCUGUUCAAGGCUGUUCUUGUUGGAGACUCAGGUGUUGGGAAGACAAAUCUGAUAUCAAGGUUUGCAAAAGAUGAGUUCAGGUUGGAUUCCAAGCCCACCAUAGGUGUUGAAUUUGCCUACAGAAACAUCAAAGUCAGAGACAAGCUCAUCAAGACACAGAUAUGGGACACUGCCGGCCAAGAGAGGUUUAGGGCUAUCACAAGCUCAUACUACAGAGGAGCCUUGGGGGCAAUGCUAGUGUAUGACAUAACCAAGCUAGCAACUUUUGUGAAUGUGAGCAAAUGGUUACAUGAGUUAAGAGAGUUUGGAGGAGAAGACAUGGUGGUUGUUCUGGUGGGAAACAAAUCUGAUUUGGGGCAAUCAAGGGAAGUUGAGAGAGAAGAAGGAAAAGGGUUUGCAGAAAGAGAAGGGUUAUGUUUCAUGGAAACCUCUGCUCUGCAGAAUCUGAAUGUUGAGGAAGCAUUCUUAGAAAUGAUCACUAAGAUCCAUGACAUUAUAAGCCACAAAAGUUUGGAAACCAAAAUGAAUGGUACAGCAUUGAGUCUUCCUAAUGGGAAGGAGAUCCAUAUAGCUGAUGAAGUCACUGCUACUAAACAACCUAAUUGUUGUUCAUCACUAUAGCUUGCAUCAUCAAUUUUUGCUAUUUUGCAAGUAUAUUUCAUCAACUAAGUUCUUGAUUCUUCCUAUUUCACUGCUUCUCUUUCAUUUCCUCUC